ACCUCCAAAAUCUCUGAAUUGCGCCUCCCCCUUCUAGUAUUAAUUUUGCACUUGAAUUUGGACAAUGUAUGUCCUGAAAUGGACACCGUACUUGGAGUUCGCUAACCAAUUGGGUACCCAGCCAAAGUCUCUCACAAAUGAUUGCAGAGAAUACGGAAGCUCGAAAUAGAAAUGAGAGUAGCAAGUGAUGCUAUGUAUGUGUUACCGAUAGGGGUGGUAGGGUCAGUCCCCGGAGAGUGUGUACUGUGGAACGGGCGGCUCUGCUAAGCGGUGGGUUUCUCCCUGCACCCUGUAAGUGAGAGGAGUUCAUAUGGAGACUACUGGAAACCGCUAUGACUUCUACAUUGGACUGGCUCUAGCUCUUUCCUCCAGCAUUUUCAUUGGGAGCAGCUUUAUUCUGAAAAAGAAGGGUCUCCUCAAACUCUGCAGUCGAGGACAACUCAGGGCAGGACAUGGAGGGCAUGCUUACCUCAAGGAGUGGCUGUGGUGGGCUGGUCUCUUGUCAAUGGGACUGGGUGAAGCUGCUAACUUUGCUGCAUAUAUAUUUGCUCCUGCCACACUGGUGACUCCCCUGGGAGGAUUGAGCGUGUUGGUGAGCGCGGUCCUUUCUUCUUAUUUUCUUAAUGAGUAUUUAACCUCUCCUGCUAAGACUGGGUGUGCUCUGAGUAUUUUGGGCUCCACUAUUAUGGUUCUCCAUGCACCUCAGGAAGAGGAGGUAUCAACACUGAGUGACAUGGAAGUAAAACUGAAACAGCCAGGUUUCCUGGCCUUUGUUUCCUGUGUGCUCCUGUUUUCAUUCCUCCUUGCCCUGCUGGCUGCCCCCCGCUGGGGUCACAGUUAUGUGCUAGUGUAUGUACUUAUCUGUUCCCUUGUGGGAUCCCUUUCGGUGGCAUGUGUGAAGGGGCUAGGUAUAGCCAUCCGUGGUCUCUUCUCUGGACUGCCAGUGUUUAAGGAUCCACUUGGAUGGGUGUUACUGCUGUGCCUGUGCAUCUGCAUCAGUGUCCAAAUCCACUAUCUCAACAGAGCCCUGGAUGUGUUUACAGCCUCUCUGGUGACACCUAUCUAUUAUGUGCUCUUCACAUCCUCUGUUCUUGCUUGUUCUGCCAUCCUGUUCCAAGAGUGGCAACACCUGAGUGCUGGCAGUGUGGUGGGGACAGUCAGUGGCUUUGUUACCAUUGUAUUGGGUGUAUUCUUGCUCCAUGCUUACCGGGAUCUACCCCUGCCCCUCGCACUGCUCCCUCUCUACCUCAGAGACGGGGUGAGGAGAGGCACAUUGGAUUGGCAGGAGGUCUCCUCCCUCCGUGACGAGAGUGAAUAAAGCCCUAAAGCUAUUCAAGCCAUCUUUACUAGCUAAUACUAAAGCUAUGUGGUUUUCCUGCUUUGACUGAUGUAACCUUCAGUGCCAUUUCUGAGGAAGGAAUACAAACCCUUGCUGUUGGUUCCUUUAUGGAAUGUUUUUGUUACAUUGCCACAAUUGUGACAGAUAUAUAAUUCCCUCCAUGUUCUUGUAUGGCACUUUCAAAGAUAUUUUUUUAAGGUUUAUUUCUAUUAAAAUGUCUAAUUCUUGUUUCCUUUUUUAGGCUCCUUUCUGAAGCUAUAAUUAUAUUGUUAGUGCCAAUUAAAAUGGUAUAUUCUUCUGUA